GUGCUUUAGCUGUGGCUGUCUGACGUGGCAGAGCUCGCUCCCCUCCGCCUGCUACUGCCUGUGCCGCCGGCUCCGCUACAACUUCCAUAGAAGUAGACCGGGGAGCGCAAGAAGGUAAUCUGAGAUCCCACAACAUCUAAUGAAAGUGUCAUCAGAAUGAGUCAGCAAGGCUAUGUAGCAACUCCUCCAUUCACUCAACAUCAGCCUGGUUUGGCAGGUUAUCCUCCAGGCUAUGGGCCUUCUCCAAUACCACCUACCUAUGGACAUUGUUCCAGUCCAAACGUUGGCUCUCCACCUCCCCAAAUGGGAGGGGUGAAACCUGUUGGACCCUUUGGAUCUUCUGGUCCACUGAACUCCCCACCUCCUCCUCAAAAUAAUAUAUAUAAUGGACCAAAUCCACCCACAAACAUGCAAAGUAGGCCUCCUAAUACCAGCAACAAUUCACCUUCUUACUCGCCUUUUGGUCAAACUCCAUCACAGUUCAACAGUGCACCACCUCCGCCAGUCCAUCAGAUGACAAACCAGCUGAACAACAUGCAAAUAGGUGGCUAUGGUCCUCCUUCUACAAAUAACUCUCAGAUGCCACCAAGCCCAGUUAUGCCAGGCAGUUAUCCCCCUCAGCCUCGGGGCAUGGCACCUGGUCUCCACACAGCUCCCCCAUCAGUCAACAACUUUAAUGGUUUACCUUCUGAGCCUCUAGUACAUCAUGGCAAUAUGCCAGAUGGAAAUACUGGACAUCACCAGUUCCAACCGCAAAUUCCAGGCCAACCUUCAAAUCUUGGAUAUCCACCAUCAAAUUUAAACAGUUAUGGUGCUCAGUUACCUGGACCUCCAAUGCCUUACCCUGGUGCAUUUCCUGGAAACCAGCAGCAAAUGUCGGGACCACCGCAAAAGAAACUCGACCCAGACUCUAUACCUAGUCCGAUACAAGUGAUUGAGAAUGAUAAAGUCAGCAGAGCUGGACAAGUCUACACUACCAAUAUCCGAGGACAAGUCCCUCCACUCGUCACCACAGACUACACAGUACAAGACCAGGGGAAUGCCAGCCCACGGUACAUUAGGUGCACAACAUACUGCUUUCCGACUACCUCGGAUUUGGCUAAACAAGCUCAGGUUCCUCUUGCUGCUAUCAUCAAGCCUCUAGCUGUGGUUCCCCCAAAUGAGACUCCUCUUUAUCUUGUGAACCAUGGGGAAAAUGGACCGAUCCGCUGUAACCGAUGUAAAGCUUAUAUGUGCCCAUUCAUGCUUUUCAUGGAAGGAGGAAGGCGAUACCAGUGUGGAUUCUGCAACUGUGUUAAUGAUGUUCCUCCAUUCUACUUUCAACAUCUGGACCAUAUUGGCAGAAGAGUGGACCACUAUGAAAGACCAGAGCUAUCUCUGGGAUCUUAUGAAUAUGUUGCUUCAUUGGAUUACUGCAAACAAAAGAAACCUCCCAAUCCACCUGCUUUCAUUUUCAUGAUAGACGUAUCAUACAACAACAUUAAAAGCGGUGUUGUGAGACUGAUAUGUGAGGAGCUGAAGACUCUGCUGGAUCAACUUCCAAGAGAGGAAAAUGCAGAGUCGUCAGCUAUCCGUGUGGGAUUUGUCACGUAUGAUAAGGUUCUGCAUUUCUACAACGUGAAUGCCAACCUGGCCCAGCCUCAAAUGAUGGUGGUGACAGACGUGGCAGAGGUCUUUCUGCCCCUACUGGAUGGAUUUCUUGUCAAUUUUAAUGAAUCCAGAUCAGUCAUAAACAAUUUGCUUGGACAGAUCCCAGAUAUGUUUGCAGAGACAAACGAGAGUGAAACGGUCUUUGCUCCAGUUAUCCAGGCUGGCACGGAGGCAUUAAAGGCAGCAGAAUGUGCAGGCAAGCUGUUCAUCUUCCAUUCAUCACUUCCCACUGCAGAAGCCCCAGGAAAACUCAAGAACAGAGAUGACAGAAAACUGAUUAACACAGAAAAGGAAAAGAACCUCUUUCUACCCCAGUCCAAUACAUAUGAAAACCUGGCAAAGGAAUGUGUAGCCAGCGGGUGCUGUGUAGACCUUUUUCUGUUCCCAAACAACUACAUUGAUGUGGCAUCAGUAGGCCUGGUGACAAUGCUUACAGGAGGGACACUCUACAAGUAUAACAAUUUUCAGAUACAUACAGAAGGCCAGCAGUUUAUCAAUGAUCUCAAGAAAGAUAUUCAAAAACGAAUAGGAUUUGAUGCUAUCAUGAGAGUCCGUACAAGCACAGGAUUUAGGGCCACAGAUUUCUUUGGUGCUAUAUAUAUGAACAAUACCACAGAUGUAGAAAUGGCUGCCAUUGAUGCCGACAAAGCAGUGACUGUGGAGUUUAAACAUGAUGACAAAUUAAGUGAAGACACAGGAGCUUUGAUUCAGUGCGCUGUUCUGUACACAACCAUCAGCGGACAAAGACGUCUAUUGGUUCACAACAUUAGUCUCAACUGCAGUUCACAACUUGCAGAUCUAUACAAGAGCUGUGAGACAGACGCCCUCAUAAACUUCUUUGCUAAAUCAGCUUACAAAGCAAUCCUGCAACACCCUCUGAAGACAGUGCGUGAUGUGUUGAUCAGUCAGACGGCUCACAUGCUGGCAUGCUAUAGGAAGCACUGUGCAAGUCCCUCGGCUGUUAGCCAACUCAUUCUUCCUGACUCCAUGAAAGUUCUUCCAGUCUACAUGAACUGCUUGUUAAAGAACGAAGUUCUGGUGGGGAGCACAGAGAUCGCCACCGAUGAGAGGACAUUUCAGAGACAGCUGGUCAUGCCUAUGGAUGUGGCCAGCUCCCAGCUCUUCUUCUAUCCACUGCUUUUACCUUUACAUACGUUGGACACCAAGAGCGAAGCCAUUCCUCCAGCAGUCCGUUGUUCUGAGGAGCGCUUGUCUGAAGGAGGGAUAUUCCUUCUGGCCAAUGGUGUCUCCAUGUUUUUGUGGUUGGGUGUCAGUUCACCACCAGAAUUCAUCCAAGGGAUAUUUAAUGUGCCUUCAUUUGCCCACAUCACCCCAGAAGCUACAUCUAUUCCUCAACUGGACAGUCCUCAUUCCAAAAAAUUAAGGGAAAUUAUGGAAUUUAUUCAGAGCAAAAGUUCACAUUCAAUGAAGCUUGUCUUGGUGAAGCAGAAGGAUAAGGCAGAGAUGGCUUUCAGACAGCUUCUGGUUGAAGAUAAAGGCCUACUUGGGGGAGCUUCAUAUAUGGACUUCCUCUGCCUUGUUCACAAAGAGAUCCGCCAGCUCCUUACAUAAUUGCUCCAAGAUGCCUUCCAUGAUACAUCCCUCAACAUGUCGGCAAACACACUGCGUCCAACUGUUGCUUACUGUGGAGUAAUGUGCUGCACAAGACAUGAUGUGACUACAGUCACAAUUACAGUCCUUUAUUUCAUAAGUGCUUAAUUUUUUAAGAUCCAAAGACAAAUCGGGACUCUCCCUGGAAACGGAUAUAUGAAUGAUAACCUAAAGGGAAAUACUUGUGUGCGUUUAUCACAAGAAUGCUGUUUGUAUGUAUUUACUGUAUGUCUGAAUAUGUUUCCUCCAAUCAUUUAGGUACUCUAUUGGUAUAAAAUACACUUCAAUUCUUCCAAUAAUCUUCCCUGUACAUUUGUUACAUGUAUUCAAAUAUCUGAUAUAUAGACCCAAGCUUGUCAUAUCAGAAUAUCAGGGAAUUAUGAUGUUUUAUCACUAUUAAAGGUGACUUUGAAGUUUCUUAGCCUUUCA